CCUGAAUCACACUCACCAACUGACAACAACUACAUGGUGCACGUCUGCAGGAUCUUCAAAGAACACUUUUUUCGCUGAACAACGCCGUCUUCAGAAUCAUUCACCGAUAUCAUGGAAACGAUUGCACUACGCAACCAGGCUGAAUCACCACUCUUGCGCCUGCCUGGAGAAAUUCGCAACAGGAUAUACGACUACGUCUUCCGCGCGGAAUGUAUCGUGGUCCUGGAGCCUGGUACACACACAAAGUACAUCUGUCGGCUCUACAACAGAGGCGCGGCUCGUUCUUACCAACCUCUCUGUACGCUUCUCCAGUCUCGAUUGGUGUGUCGGCAAUACUAUGCAGAGACAAGGCUGCUGGUUUUCCAAAAUAACAGACUAUGCGUGGACAUCUGGAACUUAAGAGGUCUGCUCGAGAUGAUACCCAAAGAUGUGCAAAACGCCAUUUCUACUCUUUGCAUAUAUGGGUGUUCCUAUUGCGACCUCGAUGAGUCUCUCUUUCUUCCCGGUUUCCUAGUGAACUUCCGGAAGGUUGAGCCCUCUCCUUGGGUAUCUUCGCCGUACAAUAACUGUCAUGAGUUCUUUCGACGGAUCACAAGAUAGAUAGAAGAGCAUAUUGAGAGGAACUUUGAAAGCGUCUUGGCUAACAAGCGGCUGCUGUAGCUUCAUCGAUGCUAAGAAGAAUACAAAUCGAAACAUAUGAAC